UGGAAACCGAAGUUUGGAGAUAAACCUAAAAUUUUCUCUUCUAUUCUCCUCUCAGCAGUAACGCUGUUGAAGGCGGUGGCGUCAAAAUUCCGCCAACUUACUUUUAAAUGUAGACAAGGAAGGGAUUUAGAGGUUCUUGAUAAAGAGAAUAACAAAACGGUUUUGAUGCAACACAACCACUGAUCAAGUGCCAAUUUCAAAGGAUAUGCUGGGUUCAGGAAGAUCUUUGGGUCACAAAAGAUACCGAGAGAAAACUCUUUCUGCUUCUGGAAACUUAUGUUACGGAGGGACACCUGAUGGGUGUGCAAGUUCCAACAGUAAGCCUGUGAGUUUUGAUACUCCAUGCUUCAAAAACUUGGAUUCGGAGGAUUUCCUUCUAUCAUUCGAGAAGAUUCGCACAGAUGUAACAGAAUGUAGAAACCUCUGGAACAAUAAAUUCAAGAGUCCUGGAAAGAUGGUGUUCCUUCCUCAUGACAUUGUAAAGCGGUUAGACUCUGUGGAGAACAUGAUAAGCUCAGUAAUAUCAGAAUGUAAAAAAGACUACGUACAAUUCGUCAAUAAACCUUUAACUUCGGAUUUUCCAUGCGUUUUUUACUUGGGGGUAUCAGAAGAUUUGCGUCAAUCACUUGAGAAGACUAGCAGAGCAGUAGCAGAUGGUAAAGAGUGUGCAAAGUUCAGCAGUAAGCCUGUGAGUUCAGAUACUCCAUGCUUUAAGAACUUGGAUUUGGGGGAUUUACUUCAAUCAUUUGAGAAGAUUUGCACAGAUGUAACAGAAUGUAAAAACCUCUGGAACAAUAAAUUUAGGAGUCCUGGAAAGGUGACGCUACUUUCUCAUGACAUUCAAAAGCGGUUAGACUCAAUUGGAAACAUGACAAGCUCAGUAAUAGCAGAAUGUAAAAAAGAGUACACACAAUUCAUCAAUAAACCUUUUACUUUGGAUUUUCCAUGCGUUUUUAACUCGGGGGUAUCAGAAGAUUUACGUCAAUCACUCAAGAAGACUAGCAGAGCAGUAACAGAUGGUAAAAAAAUGUGCAAAAUUCAGCAGUAAGCCUUUGAGUUCGGAUUUUCCAUGCUUUAAAAACUUGGAGGUACAGGUACAUUUUCCAAAAAAAGAAAACUUGGAGGUGCUGGAGGAGAUACGUCAAUCACUUGAGAAGGUUUGCACAGCUGCAGCAGAAUGUAGAAACCUCUGGAAGAGUUCUGGAGAGAUGGUGCCACUUUCUGGCUUCGGAAACCUGUUAGACUCGGUUGAAAACAUUAGCACAGCAAAAGCAAAAUUUGAAGGUGCAAUAUUAUUCAUCAGUAAGUAUUUCGCUGUGGAUUUUCCAUGCAUUUUCAACUCGGGGGUAUCAGGUGAUUUAGUAGAACGUACAGAGAGUGCAAAAUUCAUCAGUAAAGCUAUCAGUUUUGAUCUUCCAUGCUUCGAAAACGUGGAGGUAUCAGAGAAUUUACGUCAACUACUUGAGAAGAUUAGCUCAGCUGUAGUAGAAUGUACAAACCUCUGGAACAAUAAAAUCACGAGUUCUGGAAAUUUGGUGCCACUAUCUGAGUUUCAAAAGCUGUUAGAAAGUCAUGGGCUGUUAUGGCACAAGUGUAUUGUGCUUAAGUCGGGAGGUCACUGCUAACCAACUACAAAGCCGGAUCAAUCAGGGGCCAUAUUAUCUGUCGAACUUGCUUCCAGAUGUAACUUCAGAGUUACUCUGGGAAAAGGCAAGUAAAGACUUCUUCAGGGUGUGUCAAAUUUGUUUUCAACUUGAAAGAAAUUUCAAUGGACAGCAGGUUGGACAGUUAGCCUCUUUCCUUGAUUACCUCAUCAUGAUACAAGAGGAGCAGCGUUCUGUUGCAUAUCGUUUUGUUGAGCAUCUGUUGCAAUUAAAAAAUCUAUUGUUCGCUUAAAUGAUUUAUUCACAAAAAAAUCCAAUGUUGGUUCUGAUGGAGAUGAAGACGAGUGUCCUUUAGUGAGGAGCAAGAAUCUCACUGUGAAGUGCAUGUGGAAACAAAUGCACGUGUUUGAUAGUCUGUAUAUCAUGUCACGGGAAUCAUCUUCGUUGCUGAAGGAAGCUGAGGACAAAUCAGAUAAUUGCUCAACAACUGUCAACGAUGAACUCCACAAGAUUCUUGGAAUCAUCAAGGGCAAGAAAUUUAUGAAUGCAAGAGUAAUUUGUUUUCUGUUCGUUUGGUGGAUUUCUUAAAAGCCAGAAGUAUAGAAUAGUUUACGAACAGAUAAGAGCAAUGUAACACAGAUUUGAAACAAGUAGAACUCAGAUAAAUUGAGCCUAGGUUAGAAGUACAUAUGCUUCUAUAAUCAACUGAUGAUUUUAUAAUAAAAAGCUGGGUUGCAACGAUACGCCUAAAAAAAUAAUCAGCCGUAUCGAUACGUAUUUACACAGAUACGCGUACUAAUACUCCCAAUACUUCAAGAUAUAACUCAGUUAGAAAACUUUGACUAAAUAUUAGAAAAUUCAGAUAUUUUACUAGAUUCUAUGAGAAGUUUUAACUAUAGUGACAAAACAUUAGUUCCGAAUCUGUCCGCUGAUCUUGCUCUAGGCUUUCUUCCUUUCUUAUCCGGACUUUUUUCUCUCUUCAGUGAGGUUAAUCAUACAGAUUAUAUUUUAAUCAUGCAAACACAUGUAAGUAUUUUGUUAAGUUUCUAUCUUAUAUACAAUAUAUUUAUGUUAAACCACUGAUCAAUAUUGAGUAUGCCGUAUCGCCGUAUUUUAGUUUUUCAAGUUUGUGUAUCAUAGUAGCGUAUUGGUAUCUUGUAUCCGAUACCGUAUCCGUAUCGUUGCCUGGGACAGAUUCUAAGAAUUAUUAAAUACCAGAAUUGUUAAACCCUUCUGAAAGAAAAUAAAAUGAAGUAUUAAUGAGGAACUUUAAUGCCCUUCUAUAGAAUGGAAACUAAAAUAUUUUUAAUGUAUAAAAAGGAGUAAACUGCCACUGCAUCAUCUUCUUUGCUGGUGUCAUUUGGUCUAGUGUCCUUGCUUAUAAAUGAGUUUGUGUUGCAGCAAUCGAUGGGUAGUUUUUGUGGUUGCACCUGGAAUUGGAAGAAUUUCCAGCAGCUGAAUGUUCCCGGGUUUAUCUUGCCCCGAAAUCGAUGAAGCAGCUGCUUCGCUCAAGCUUUAAAAUAUUAGAUCAGUUGCGCAGUGUUCUCCAGGGGCAAAUUGUUGGUAAAAGUUCUGUUACAGAAAAGCUGAUUGGUAAAAGUUCUGUUACAGAAAAGCUGAUUGGUUGUUUUUACGAUGUACUCAGUAAGGGGAACUUGAUCGAGAAGGAAUAUUUUGAUGGUAUAGAGCAUAGGAAGCAGUUGCUGGAAGACACUGGCAGUCUUUUUGAUACUGAGGUUGUAUCUGAAAUAGAAUUUGCCAAAUCUGUCACGAAAACGUCAGAGCAGAUUGAUGAAACAGUUCAGAAACUAUUUUCAUUAAGGGGUUCUAUUCUUUCCGAAGACUCACCUCACAAAAAUAUCACUUUAUGGAGAGUUCUAUACGAAUCAUCAUUGGUGAAUAUUCAAUUGGAUCUUAUACGUGAAAACCUUGACGGAACAAUCAAACUUGGGGUCGAUCUAUUAAAACAUGCUCGGCUCGAGGACUCGGCAGACUUGUGUCAGCUUCAUGCGUCAAUUGUUAAACUAAUUGCAUCUUGUAACGGAGUCUUACAUGACUUCUUAGCCGUGCAGAAAACAGUGUCAGAAGUGAUUCACAUGGUAGCAGAAGUUUUUGUUCCGCGAUGUACUCGCAAGGCAGCAGUAGAAAUGCGAUGUAGUUCCACUGGUAUUAAGACUUCAGACGAGCAAGGUCUGGAUUUCUCACUAAAGAAAGAUGCCGAUAUUUGUGAUGAUGUUCCCACUGGAGAGGAUGAUGAUGUCGAUAUUUGUGAUGAUGUUCCCACCGGAGAGGAUGAUGAAUAUGACUGGGAUGAUCCUGAUGUCAUUUAUGUCAUGUCAAGGAGGGUGCCCAUCAAGUUUGAUGAUGAAGAGUUUGAUUAAUAGAGCAACAAUCAAAAUCCACUGAUGAAACCUAGAUUUUGCUCGGGGUAAAACAGCUAAUAGAGGACCGUGUUCUGUGGUGUAAACAAAUUAUGAUGAUAGAACUAUGUUUUAUGGAAAGACUCUCUCUUUCGUUAUUGAAAGAAUAUCAUGUCAUCUGUUAGUGGUUGCAUGUCUGCUUGCAAA